UAUAAAUAUAUAUAAACUAAAAAAUAUUAUCUUUUAAAGAUUCCUAUUGUUGCUUUUCCUGUAAUGGGUAUAAUGAGUUCGGACGUAACUUGCAGAUUGUACUUUAAAGACACAUUAGUUAUGUUUAUCGGUGGCAUUAUGGUUGCGUUAGCGAUAGAGUAUUGCAAUUUACACAAGCGUUUGGCAUUGAGGGUUAUACAAAUUGUGGGUUGCAGCCCCCGUCGCCUUCAUUUUGGUUUAAUUUUCGUCACCAUGUUGUUGUCCAUGUGGAUAUCUAAUGCGGCAUGCACUGCUAUGAUGUGUCCUAUUAUUCAAGCUGUUUUAGAGGAAUUACAGCAGCAAGGAUUGUGUAAAAUGACUAGAGAACAAAAGUAUCAAAUUGUGGGAAAGAAAAAUGGAGAAGAAGAGGCACCUUAUCCCUCUAAAGUAACUCUUUGUUACUUCUUAGGUAUUGCGUAUGCAUCAUCAAUGGGGGGAUGCGGAACAGUAAUUGGUACAGCUACAAAUUUGACAUUCAAGGGAAUUUACGAAAGCCGUUUCCCUACUUCUACUGAAAGUUUGGAUUUUCCAACUUUUAUGUUUUACUCUGUGCCAUCAAUGUUGGUAUAUACUGGACUCAUGUUUUUGUAUUUGCAAUGGCAUUAUAUGGGGUUGUUUCGACCAAAAAGCAAAGAAGCAGAGGAAGUAAGACUUGGGAAUGAUGGAGCAGCAGUAGCUAAAAAAGUCAUUGAUCAACGUUAUAAGGAAUUAGGACCAAUGAGCGCACAUGAAAUUCAAGUUAUGAUUUUGUUCAUCAUAAUGGUUGUAAUGUACUUCACUCGAAAACCUGGCAUUUUUAAUGGUUGGGCCGACUGGCUAAAUGCGGUAGACAUUCGAAAUUCUAUGCCAACAAUUUUUGUUGUUGUGAUGUGCUUUGUGUUGCCAGCAAAUUACGCCUUUUUAAGGUAUUGCACAAGAAGAGGUCCACUCCCUACCUCUACAACGCCAUCAUUAAUCACAUGGAAAUUUAUACAAUCCAAAGUGCCUUGGGGUCUUAUUUUUUUGUUAGGUGGUGGUUUUGCAUUAGCCGAAGGCAGUAAAGUAAGUGGAAUGGCCACCCUAAUUGGAAAUGCACUUGUUGGACUUAAAUCACUUCACCAUGCUAUUCUGCUACUUGUUGUUAUUAUUGUCGCUGUUGUAUUAACAGCAUUUAGUUCAAAUGUUGCCAUAGCAAAUAUUAUUGUACCUGUAUUAGCUGAAAUGUCUCUGGCAAUUCAAAUUCAUCCAUUGUACUUAAUUCUACCAGCUGGUUUAGCUUGUAGUAUGGCUUUCCACCUUCCGGUGAGUACACCCCCGAAUGCACUUGUAGCUGGAUAUGCGAAUAUUAGGACAAAGGAUAUGGCUAUUGCCGGAAUCGGACCCACGAUUAUAAGCGUUGUUGUACUAUUCAUAUUCUGCCAAACAUGGGGUUUGGUUGUUUACCAGAAUUUAAAUACCUUUCCGGAUUGGGCACAGGUGCUUGUCAAUGCUACACUUAAAUCUACUAAUGCAACAAAUAUUUAGAGUAUCUUGAAAAAUCAUUAAAUCGAGUAUGCAUUAAAAGAAGAUAUUUUACCAUAUAGAUAUAU